ACAUCGAUAAAAAAUUAAAAACAAUCAAACACGAGAAGAUGGAUCGCAUGAUGAUGAUGAUUGAGGAGUGUUGGAUAAAGUGAAAGAAAGACACAGAAUGCGUGCGUAUGAAGAAGAAGGGAGAUAGAUGCUCGUUUUCUCAUGCUUCGGUCGGAAUACGAACGCAAUAAUGUGUACUUCUCAGCCUCAAACUUUUUCUCUUCCCUCUCCGAUCCCGAAUUGGCCUCACGGAGGAAGUUUUGCUUCUGGAUUUGCAAAUCUUGGUGAAAUAGAAGCUUUCAAGGUCUCUAAUUUUGAGUUCAUUUGGAGCAGCAAUGCUAUGCAGGACAAAAAGAAUGCUGUUGUGUUCUAUAAGCCUGUCGAAAUACCUCAGGGUUUCCACAUCCUUGGCCAUUAUUGUCAACCUAGCAACAAGCCUUUAAGGGGUUUUGUGCUUGUUGCUAAAGAAGUUGAAACUAAUCAUUGCGAUGAUCACGACAAGCUACCUCCCCUGAGGAAUCCCCUGAAUUUUGAGUUAGUUUGGAGUUCGAAUGCAGGAAAUCGUGAAACUCUGAGUGGUUGUGGUUACUUUUGGAUACCUGAGCCUCCAGAAGGUUACAAGGCAGUUGGAUACUUGGUUACUGACAAUCCUAAUAAGCCUCAGUUGGAUGAAAUCUGCUGUGUUCGUUCUGACCUCACUGAUAAAUGCGAGCCUUACCGCCUAUUACUCGCUGUAAAUUCUAAAAUUCCAGAGCUUUCAUUUCAGGCUUGGAACUUGAGACCUUGUGAUCGCAGCGUGCAAGGGCAAGGAGUUCCAGUUGGGUCCUUUUUCUGUAGUAACGGAUGCUGGAACAUCGGUGAAGAGCUUCCAAUUGCAUGCUUGAGGAACCUAAAUCCUGUUCAACAAACAAUGCCAAACCUGGAACAGAUACAUGCACUUAUCCAGCAUUAUGGUCCUACCAUUUUCUUUCAUCCGGAAGAAGUUUACUUGCCGUCUUCUGUGGUCUGGUAUUUCAACAAUGGAGCUUGCUUGUACAGAAAGGGUGUGACUACAGGCGAGGCAAUUGAUGAAACCGGCUCAAAUCUACCUUGUGGAGGAACGAAUGACAAGGAGUUUUGGAUAGACUUGCCAAGUGAUGAUAGAAAGGACUUUCUCAAACGUGGGGACUUGCAAAGUGCAAGGCUUUAUGUUCAUGUGAAGCCGACACUUGGUGGAACUUUCACAGACAUUGCAAUGUGGAUUUUCUGUCCAUUCAAUGGACCAGCCACUCUUAAAAUUGGAAUGAAAAACAUACCUUUAAGCAAGAUUGGAGAGCAUGUUGGUGAUUGGGAGCAUUUCACACUUAGAAUAUGCAAUUUCAAUGGAGAAUUAUACAGUAUAUACUACUCACAGCAUAGUGGGGGAGAAUGGGUUGAUGCAUAUGAUUUAGAAUACAUUGAUGGAAACAAAGCUAUUGUUUACUCUUCAAAAAAUGGGCAUGCUAGUUACCCUCAUCCUGGAACCUUUAUCCAAGGUUCUUCAAAACUUGGAGUUGGGAUCAGAAAUGAUGCGUGUCGAAGCAACUUUUAUGUGAAUUCAAGUGUUCACUAUGAGAUUGUUGCAGCUGAAUAUCUUGGAGAUGCUGUCAAGGAGCCUCUAUGGUUGCAGUAUAUGAGAGAGUGGGGGCCAAAAAUCGUUUAUGAUUCGAGAACUGAGAUUGAUAGGAUAAUCGAUGCGCUUCCGCGAAUGCUUCGGUUCUCAGUGAAGAACUUCUUUAACAAGCUUCCAGUGGAGCUGUAUGGUGAGGAAGGUCCUACAGGGCCAAAAGAGAAAAACAAUUGGACAGGAGAUGAAAGAUGGUGAUUUUUUUUCUUCUUCUAUUUUUCUGUUUAUGUAACAUUUGAUUGGUUUGUUAACACUGCAAAUUAUAGGCUGGUAACAUUGUAGUUUAUGUAUACAUUCAGAUUAUACACACGUACACAGUUAGGGAAGAAGGGGGGCAAAAUUAUGUUGUAGUUUUUUGGGUGGUGCUUCCCUUGUUGGGUGUUCUAACUUGGGACAGUCAUUGAUUUGUACAUUACGGAUAUAAAGCAAAAUUGAUAAAGAUUCAA